UGAUUAUUUCUAAAAUAUAAAUAAUUUAAAAAUGUAGGAGUAAAUAUUUAAGAUAGUGAUUAUAGGGAAUAGUGCAGUAGGAAAAUCAUCUUUAUUGAUUCGAUAUUGUGAUGAUACUUUUAAAGAUAUUUAUUUAAGCACAAUAGGAGUGGAUUUUAGAUUUAAAACAAUAAAGUUAGAUGGAUUAGGUGUAAAGUUGUAAAUUUGGGAUACUGCAGGUUAGGAGAGAUUUAGAAAUAUUACAAAUUCAUAUUAUAAAGGUAUAAAAGUGUUAGUUAAUAUGUAGGUGCCUAGGGUAUAGUAAUAGUAUAUGAUGUGACAAAUGCGAAAUCAUUUGAAGAUGUGACAAAAUUUUGGAUGAUGGAAUUAUCUCAUUAUGCAGAUUAGAAUGUGAAGUUGAUGUUGUUGGGGAAUAAGAUAGAUUUAGCAACAGAAGAGACAAGAUAAGUAAGUUAAGAGAUGGCAGAAUAAUUAGCAAAAGAACACAAUAUGUAACAUCAUGUUGUAAGUGCAAAGACAGCUGAAGAAGUAUAAAAUAGUAAUAAUAAUUUAAAGGUUGAGAAUGCAUUUAUAAGUUUGGCUAGGUCUAUUUAUAAUGAGAAAUCUUUAAGAGAGAUGGUACAUCCUUAAUAAUAAUAAUUGAAUAAUAAAAAAAAUAAAGAUGAAAAGUAGAAAACAUGUUGUUGA